CGAUUCCGGCGUGUGGCCGUGGGGGGCACUUUUGACCGGCUGCAUGCUGGCCACGAGCUCCUGCUGGCUGUGACGGCGCUAGUCGCAGGGGGCUUUGUGUUCGUGGGGGUAACCGCGGAUGCAUUGCUGACAAACAAGUCAUACAAGGAGCUGCUACAGCCGUAUGAUGUACGGGUCAGGGAGACAGUGUCGUACAUCGAGGCUGUACAUCCGGGGAUCAAGGUAGGUGCAUUCUCGGCUGCGAACCAAGUUGCUCAAUUGGAUCCCCAUAUGGAGGCUCUAGUGGUGUCUGUAGAGACACUGCCCGGGGCAGAGGCCAUCAAUGCCGGCCGCCGAGCCCGGGGCUUUGACCCGCUCACCAUCAUCAUAGUGCCUGUGAUUGGGUUGCGGCGGGACGGCGGGGGAGGGGAAGGAACAACAACUGCUGUGCCGGUGACUGGCUUUUCGAGUAAGCUCAGCUCGUCGGGACUGCGGGCGCUGGAAGCAGCGGCGGCGUCGGGGGGCACAGGGGAUGAGGAUGAGGCUUGA